CUGUUGGGCGCAGCAUACAAAGCCCAUUCUCUAUCUCUCGUUUCGGCUCUAGCGGUGUGUGGAUAUGUGGCAAGACAGCGGUCCUUACGGCGCCUCCAUGGCAGCAAACUCGCAAUAUGGCUAUGGCCAACCUCAGCCUGUGCAGGGCGCCCAGCCAGGUUUACAGUUCUACUCCCCGGCGCCGGGAGAUACUAGUGGCUUCUAUAGCACACGAUCUAGUUUGGAAGGCCAUGUCGGUGCGCAGGGAUCCAUCUCGGGGCAGGGAGGCGUAGGUCCGGGGUAUGGGGGGAACAUACAGCCCGCCGGGGGAUGGUGGACGGCGUUCGGGACCGGUGGAUUCGAAGGAGAACCACCCCUACUAGAAGAGCUCGGUAUCAACUUUGAGCAUAUAUGGGCCAAGUCCUUGACUGUCCUCAAUCCAUUCCGAAGAGUGGACGAACACAUUAUGGAUGACGCAGACUUGGCCGGUCCGCUGCUCUUCUUCUUUUGUUUUGGGACGUUCCUACUAUUCUCUGGGAAGCCCCAGUUUGGAUACAUUUACGGCGUGGGCCUGUUGGGUUCCAUAUCGAUAUGGAUUCUCCUCAACCUCAUGUCCGAACCUGGAAUUGAUGCAUAUCGUGUAGCGUCGGUUCUCGGUUACUGUCUGUUACCCAUGGUGGGGGUGGGUGCUUUGAGUGUGAUGGUUACGCUAGACGGCUUCGUGGGGUACCUUCUAUCGAUGCUGUCUGUCUUAUGGUGCACAUACGCGGCAUCAGGUAUUUUCGUGGCCGUAUUGCGGAUGUCCGACCAACGGCUGCUAGUUGCAUACCCUAUCGGACUUCUGUACGGUUGCUUUGCUUUGCUGAGUGUUUUUACAGUAGGACGGAGCAAUUCUGCAUGAGGCCACCUUCUCCAUGUGCCAAAAAUUGAUUAUCCUGACGAACUCUGUACUAUCUAUCGUUAAAUCCACGCAGGCUUCAAGCUAUUCGCGUAAGGAAGGCUCAUACAUGC